UCCCUGUGUUCUCUGGGGCUGGAUAUAGGUGUCACGUUCCCGUGCUCCUUUUGCUUUACCCCGAUUGUCCUGGGUCCGAGGAGAGGAGUGUAGCAGCUGGGAGCUCAGAGAGGCACCGCUCGCCGGUAUGGAGGGACACCUUGUCGUCCUCAAGACCCUUGUCCUUCUGCAGAUGGCAUCCCUUACCCUGGCUCAAGUGACCGGCCCGCCAGGCCCCCAAGGUCCCCCCGGCCCCCCUGGACCCCCAGGCACUCCCGGCUCCGACGGCAUUGAUGGAGACAAAGGACCUCCAGGCCCCCCUGGUCCAGUGGGAAUGAAGGGGGAAUCAGGUGAACCGGGCCCAGACGGACCCCCGGGGGACAAUGGAAUUGAUGGACUGAUCGGUGUGAAGGGAGACAGGGGUCCUGCUGGAAAUCCUGGACCAAAGGGUCAGCCAGGGCCUUUAGGAAGAGCUGGACCACCAGGACCUGGACUUCCUGGACUACCUGGACCUCCAGGUCCAAUGGGCCUCCCAGGUGAGAUGGGAAAGACAGGCAUCAAGGGGAUGAUGGGACCGACUGGACCCCCAGGAUUACCAGGACCCCCAGGGAAACCAGGUCGUCCAGGAGAAUACACCGGAGAGGAGGGUAGUGCUGACUUCCAGUGUCCCACCAACUGUCCAGCGGGACCAAAGGGCCCCCAGGGCUUGCAGGGAAUCAAGGGACAUAAGGGUCGUCCUGGAGCGCUAGGAGAUUCUGGCAGUCCAGGGAAGGAGGGACCUAAAGGAGAUGUGGGAAUCUCAGGAGAGCAAGGAAUCCCAGGACCUCCAGGUCCCCAGGGCUUGAGGGGUUACCCUGGUAUGGCUGGGCCCAAAGGAGAGAUAGGUCCACGUGGGUACAAGGGGAUGCCAGGACCAGUCGGCCUCCCAGGACUCCCGGGUGAAGAGGGACCCCGGGGGCCACCAGGUGAUUCGGGGGACAAGGGAGACAUGGGUGCACGCGGCAUAAGGGGGCCCCAGGGGGGUAUUGGAAAAAAAGGAGAGAAUGGCCUACCUGGGAUCGAUGGAAAAGAUGGAACACCUGGAAUUCCUGGAAUCAAGGGAGCUCCAGGACAGCCUGGGAGACCUGGACCUCCAGGCCACCAGGGGGCAGCAGGUUUGACUGGAAGCCCUGGAACCAAAGGAGGACCUGGACAAAAGGGUGAGCCAGGGCCCAGGGGUGUGACAGGGAUGGCUGGAGUCCCAGGACCUCAGGGAGAGCCCGGGCCUCCUGGGGAACCCGGGAUGGAGGGAGUCCCGGGUCUGAAGGGGGACAGGGGACAGAGAGGGCCGGUUGGACCAGUAGGCCUCACUGGUCAAGUGGGCAGCAAGGGGGAGCGAGGGCCCAUGGGCAUCCCUGGACCACAGGGCAUCCCCGGAACUAAAGGAGACAAGGGCUUCCAAGGAAAAGUGGGCUGGAAGGGAGACCUUGGUGAUCCAGGUGUGGAAGGCCUGCCUGGUGAGAAAGGAGAGAAGGGUGUGUCUGGGGAGCCUGGACCUAAAGGACAGCAAGGCGUGAGGGGUGACCUCGGGUACAACGGCCCUACCGGAGAUCCUGGCAACCCUGGAGACAAGGGACCACCUGGACUUCCGGGCCCACGGGGUCUCAGUGGAGAGAGAGGAGUGCCAGGCAUGCCAGGGAGGCAGGGAGCCCCCGGCCGGGAUGCCUCGGACCAGCACAUCAUCGAGGUGGUGCUCAAGAUGAUACAAGAACGGCUGGCCCAAGUGGCUGUGAGCGCCAAGAGGGCAGUUCUUGGUGGAACUGGUGUCAUGGGCCCACCUGGUCCCCCUGGACCACCAGGACCCCCUGGUCCCCACGGUUCUCACGGUCUCCCUGGGACUCGAGGUAUCCCUGGAAUCAUCGGUGCACCGGGACAGAUUGGCAACACCGGACACAAAGGAAAGAGGGGCCUGAAGGGUGAGCGAGGGGACCCAGGCCGCCCCCACCCCGGCCCGCUCGGACCUCCUGGAAUCCCAGGUCCCUCAGGCAUUGAUGGUGUGGCCCGGGACGGGAAGCCUGGUGAAAGGGGACCCCAGGGUAUCGCCGGAGAACCAGGUCGUCCUGGCAAACCGGGUCCUCCGGGGCUCCCUGGGUUCUGUGAGGCUGCGGCCUGCCUGGCAGCAUCUGCGUACACCUCACCACGCCUGCAGGAGGCCGGCACCAUCAAAGGACCCUCUAAGUAGAGCAGGCCCUUAAAGGGGCACUUUCAAUGGUUGUGAGUUGGAAAGAGAAAGGAGGAGAGACUGAUGCUCACGCACACACACUUACACACACACACACACACACACACACACCUGCUUUCCCUUCACUGGACAUCACCAAUUGGCGGGAAGGGAAGUCCGCUGGGAUCAACGUCACGGCGAAAUCCAUCCAACCGCUUUGCCCAGACAUAACCACCAACGACCCCUCCUCUUGAGACCCCGAGGACUGUGAUUGGAUGGUUCACAGCGUCAGGUCACUGUAGUCCCGCCUAUUUUCUGUAAUCAUGCUCCGCCUACCGACACAGAACCGAGUCUGUAUCCAUACACGGCUGCGGACCGAAUGAAGAGAAGGACAGCUGUGCUCAACUAACUACACAACUAUUGGUGCUUCUACUUCCUCGCCACUUUUUACAUCGAGAAAAGCUCGUUUUCCCCCUCACAUAUAAAAAGUGACGUGUACAAAUCAAAACCUAACAAUAAAAUAUUGUAGUUAUUCAGUAUUUGACAUGUAUUGUCAGUUACCUCAUGGGAGACCUUGAGUUCGGUGCUCUUUCCGUCUAACCCGUCUCAUGUGAACAUUACUCCCCCUUUUUACUGUCUCCAUUUAAAAACAAACCAAUGCCUUAACUACUUCCUCUAGUUACCCGGUCACCCAUUCCCCCACAAUUCCCUGUUGUAAAUCUUUGUAAAUGUGAGUUUAUUUUAUAUGACCAGGAUGGGUUUUACAGUGGACUAAUGAACAGAACAUUAAAAAAAGAUGUUAAUGAACGUAAUCAGUGUUUUAUCCUAUGACUCCCGCGGACCGGAUGGUAAACAAAUAGGGGGACAAAC